AUGGCGUGUCCUUUUAUUGAAGAGCCAGUUGAUGUCGAGGCGCAGAUACUCCGCAGACAUCUCCACCGGGAGAGGAUUAUUAGACCCCGAUUGGAUGUUUUAUCAUUCCCUGAUGAGUAUCUGUUUGAGCGUUUCCGUUUCUCUGCAUCAUCUAUAAUUUAUAUAAACGAUAUUCUCAGCCCUCACAUCGCUCACAUGACGCAUCGUGGACAUGCUCUCAGUUCCGAGCAAAUUCUUUGUAUUGCACUUCGUUUUUUUGCCAACGGCAGUUUUUUGUAUAACGUCGGUGAUGCAGAGCAUGUGUCCAAGGCAACUGUCUGUCGGGCUGUCCGAAAUGUGACACUUGCACUGAAACGGCUACUAUGCACGUUUGUAGUGUUCCCAAGUCACAGACCCACCAGACUUCUCAAAGAAGAGUUCCACAGAAUUGCAGGGUUUCCAGGUGUGAUUGGCUGCAUAGAUGGCACUCACAUUCCUAUCAUCGCUCCUUCAAUAAAUGAAGGAGAUUAUGUGAAUAGGAAAUCUGUCCACAGCAUUAAUGUGCAGGUAGGCCUAAAUAUAGAGUUCGAUGGUUACCUACUCGGAGACAGAGGGUACCCCUGCCAGCGCUAUCUGCUGACCCCUUACCCUGACCCUGAGCCUGGCCCACAGCAACACUACAACUUGGCUCACUGCAGGACACGAGCCAGAGUGGAGAUGACCAUCGGGAUACUCAAGGCCCGGUUCCAGUGCCUUCGUAGGCUCAGGGUCACCCCAGAGAGAGCUUGUGACAUUAUAGUGGCAUGUGUGGUUCUCCACAACAUUGCCACUAUUAGAGGAGAACAAUGUCCUACUCUUUCCCCCUGUGAUCCAGGUAUUAAUCAUACCCCCCUGCUGAUACACGAGAUGGAAGAGCUGUUAGAGACAUGA